CACAGCACACAUUUACAAACUCUGCUGCUCGCUCCAGUUAUAUUUUGUUCGUCGACUGUUGUUUAUCAUCUCGGCGGCGACAUUUUGUGUUAUUUUAUUGGUUAUAAAUCUUCAGAUGUGAUGUCAGCGCGCAAACCGGAACUUGCGGCACCAGAGGCGACGAGGCAUGCGGAAAGGAUACGAGUGCGAAUGAUGCGGCGCGAAGACGCGUCUGCUGUGCACGAGAUGAUACAUGAAUUAGCGACGUUCGAGGGAGUACCGGACGGCCCGAAGCUCAGUGUGCAGGAUUUAAUAGAAGACGGUUUCGAAAGCUCUCCACCGUGGUUUUUCGGGCUGGUGGCCGAGAAAGACGGGCAGAUGGUAGGACAUGCGAUGUGCAAUCGUGCAUACUCGAGCUGGACGCGUCGUGCCUUCUACGUCGAGGACCUGUACGUGCGGCCGACAGUGCGCCGGGAGGGCGUCGCUCGCCGGCUGUUGCAAGAGCUCUGUAGGAUGGCGGUAGCGGAGGGCGUACACCGCGUGGACUGGCACGUGCUGGAGAGCAACAGCGACGCGCUGGCGUUCUACUCGCGACUCGGAGCGCGCGACCUGCGCCUCACGGAGGGCCGCGCCGCGCUGCGUCUCGACCGGCCGCGCAUCGAGGCCGUCGCCGACGGACGCUUGCUGUCUGCUGCUGAGGACGAAACGCUCAAACCUGCAAUUAAUAAUUAGAAUUAUUUUCUUAAUACUGCAUUUGGAGUAAACAGUAUAAUCCAUUGUUUUUACUUUUAUACCGGCAACAAUUAACAACAAUAAUAAAUUUAUUUAUUCUCUCCCAAAGACAAUA